AUGAGUGAGGAGUUGGUGGCAAUGGAGCUGGGAAGCUCGGGAGAUGGUGCAGGGACCCCGGCCCCGCCUCCUUCAGCACUGGGCUCUGGAGCCGGUCUGCAUGCCUAUGACAUCGGGGUCCUGGUCGUCUACUUUGUCUUCGUCAUUGUCGUGGGGAUCUGGUCAUCCUUUCGUGCAAGCCAAGGGACUAUCGGUGGCUACUUUUUGGCUGGAAAGUCCAUGAGCUGGUGGCCGAUCGGUGCAUCUCUAAUGUCCAGCAAUGUGGGCAGCGGCUUGUUCAUGGGCCUGGCUGGGACUGGUGCUGCCGGAGGUCUUGCUGUGGGUGGCUUCGAGUGGAAUGCAAGUUGGAUGCUUCUGGCCCUCGGCUGGGUCUUCGUUCCCGUUUAUAUAGCAGCUGGUGUAGUCACAAUGCCACAGUACCUUCAGAAGAGAUUUGGUGGCCAAAGGAUCCAAGUAUAUAUGUCGGUCCUGUCUCUCAUCCUCUACAUCUUCACCAAGAUCUCUACUGACAUAUUCUCAGGAGCUGUCUUCAUCCAGAUGGCCUUGGGCUGGAACCUCUACCUGUCCACUGUGAUCCUGUUGGUGGUGACAGCUAUUUACACAAUUACAGGAGGCCUCACGGCUGUGAUCUACACAGACACUCUGCAGACGGUGAUCAUGGUGGGUGGAGCGCUGGUGCUCAUGUUUCUGGGAUUCAAGGAGGUGGGCUGGUACCCAGGCCUGGAGCAGCGGUACAGGCAGGCUAUCCCCAAUGUCACUGUCCCCAACACCACCUGCCACCUCCCCCGUUCUGAUGCCUUCCACAUGUUCCGGGACCCUGUGAAUGGAGACAUCCCAUGGCCAGGCCUUAUUUUUGGGCUCACGGUGCUGGCCACCUGGUGCUGGUGCACAGACCAGGUCAUAGUGCAGAGGUCUCUCUCUGCCAAGAAUCUGUCCCAUGCCAAGGGGGGCUCUGUGCUAGGAGGUUACUUGAAGAUGCUGCCCAUGUUCUUCAUUGUGAUGCCGGGCAUGAUCAGCCGUGCCCUGUACCCAGAUGAGGUGGGCUGUGUGCAUCCAGAUGUAUGCCAGAAAACCUGCGGGGCCCGUGUGGGGUGCUCCAACAUCGCCUACCCCAAGCUGGUCAUGGAGCUCAUGCCUGUGGGUGUGAGGGGUCUUAUGAUAGCCGUCAUCAUGGCUGCCCUCAUGAGCUCGCUCACCUCCAUCUUCAACAGCAGCAGCACCUUGUUCACCAUUGACGUGUGGCAGCGCUUCCGCAAGAAGGCGACAGAACGGGAGUUGAUGGUGGUGGGCAGAGUGUUUGUGGUCCUCCUUGUGGUCAUCAGCAUCCUCUGGAUUCCCAUCAUCCAGAGCUCCAACAGCGGCCAGCUUUUUGACUAUAUCCAGUCCAUCACCAGCUACCUAGCCCCACCCAUCACUGCCCUCUUCCUGCUGGCCAUCUUCUGCAAGAGAGUCACAGAACCUGGUGCCUUCUGGGGCCUCCUGUUUGGUUUGGCUAUGGGGCUUGUACGCCUGAUCCUGGAGUUCGUGUACCAGUCCCCUGCCUGUGGGGAGGUGGACGGGAGGCCAGCACUGCUCAGGAACUUCCACUACCUCUACUUCGCACUGCUACUCUGUGGGCUCACAGCCGCAGUCAUCAUUGUUGUCAGCCUCUGCACAACACCCAUCCCUGAGGAAAAGCUGGCACGCUUAACCUGGUGGACCCGAAACUGGCCCUGCUCUGAGGGGGAAAUGAAGAUCCCAGAAGAUAACUUGGGGGCCUCGGAAGUGUUGCCUGAGGAGCUCCCUGCAAGGAAGGGAACAGCCAAGGGUUCAAGCCAAGACCCUGAGCAGCACCAAGCUCUGCACAGGUCCUGGGCCCAGCGACUCUGGGGUUGGCUCUGCGGGUUCCCUGGCAUGGAGCAGGCACUGAGUCCAGCGGAGAAAGCAGCGCUCCAGCAGAAGCUGACCAGCAUCGAGGAGCCACCGCUCUGGAGAAGAGUCUGCAACCUGAAUGCUGUCCUCCUGCUGGCUAUCAACAUCUUUCUUUGGGGUUACUUUGCCUGACACCCCAGCCCUGGUGCCUACCCACAGGUUCAGGACAGUCAUGGUGUCCAGGAUUGCAGAGAUGGGUUUUCCUCCCUCUGCUGAUUCUCCCACUCCAUAAUGAGACCAUGGAAGGCCCCCCAAGCAAUCCUCACACUGGCCAAACAGGGACCUAGUUGAAUGGUCAGGGUGAGAAUACAGAGGCUGUUCUGUUGCAGUAAAACUCACACUGGUGCUCCUAACUUGGCUGUAAGCAACAUCCCCUUGUGG